AUGUCGGCCGAACUCAAUGCACAUAAUCUAUUAUUAUUAAUUUUACUUGUGAAACAGAAACAAUUAUCAUCAUAUGCAUUAAAUAUUUAUACUUUUAAUUCACAAGCUUGUGAGCCUAUGUUUAGAAAUACACGAGCAUUAAUUGAAAUUUAUUCAACAGUAGUCAACUUUGCCGCAUAUGUUUUUUUACAACAAGCUGAAAAAUUAUCAUUGCUCAAUGAUAUUAGAUACAAGCAGUUGCACAAUCAAACAGUUGACAAAUUAAUAUAUUCUGUUCAUUACAAACACCGAAAUGAUCAACAAUCAUUAUCUACACAAAUUCAGAAUGAAAUCGAUCAAAUAUAUGUUGAGCAAGUUAUCGCCGAUGCAUAUGACGAAGCUGUUGAUAUACUUGAUGGUUUAGGAGUAUAG